AUGCUGGUAGUGAAACCUGGGGAGAAGCAGCUACCCGUGGUCCAGGUUUCUGAUUACCAGAGAGAUCCUUUCUCGGGCCGGUUCACGGAGAAAGAGGAGCUGUCCCUACCCCUCGUCUCCCUCCCCCCCGAUCUCUCUGCCUCUGUUUUGGGGGGGCCAGAUGGGGGCGUGGUCUCGAUUUCUCGACCCUGGAUCCCGCAGAGGGCGGCGGCGGUCAGUCCUCUCUGCCAUGGUGUUUGGCCAUACCUGGAACCCACUGUGGCUAAUCUCACAUUCCCGCCUUCCUGGUUUACCGCGGAAACUGGGAAAACCAGAGUGGCUGGCGGCAGCAGCAGCAGCGCGGAAGCAGAGCUCUAUUACAGCGUCUCCCCGCUCGCCACAGCGCCCCCUGCCUGUCUAGAGACGGUACUGCAGCCUUCUCAGAGUGAGCUUCACUACACCGGGGCGGUGGUUCUCCAGAGCGGGGGGGUGCCGGGACUGGACUUGGGGGAGGAGGAGGAGGAGCUGAGGCUGGACCCCAACGUCGUGAUUCGCUCCCCGAAAGGCCCCCUGAAGCUGGGGCAGCCAAUCGGAGUGGGGGUGCUGCUGAGGAACAACUGCACUGCGGAGCUGGUGGUGAUCAGAGCAAAGAUGAAGAAAGGGCUGAGCGUGGCGUCCGUCACUCCAUCGCUCGGUGCAGACGGCUGGACAGUGAGUGUGGAGAAAAUGCUGGGAACCAAACACCACACAACCUCGCUGACCAUCCGCAGAGCAGCGCGGUCGCACACACACAGCGCUGGUUCCAGCUCUGUUCUGUUCUGGGAGCCGGCUCUGCUAUCUCUCCAGUCCGAUAACUUCACGGGCCCGGCUGUGACCCGCAGGAUCUCCUGGCAGGUGGAGUACCCAGGUCAGAACCCGCUGUGGGGGUCCGAGGGGGGGGCGGCGCUGACCCGGAUCACACUGACUCACCGGGCCCUGCUGGGCAUCGUACCCGUCACACAGACCCCUUCUCUGGUGAACACUGCCAUUCUGACGGGACUUCGCGCCUCGCUUCCUGUCACCGUGCUAGCAGUGGAGCAUGAUGGGACAGUCUAUGACAUCACCCACUACGUCACCUGCCAGUCAACCAACGAGGAUAUCGUCAAGGUCGCUGCAGACUGCUCCGCGGUGUUCGUGGACGGGACAGAGUCCUCCCAGGGGGGGCUGGGGGUGCGGGUGGAGUUCCAGCUUGAGUCGCUCGCUGGCGCCCUCCUGCUGUCUGUCUGGGUGCCGCGGCUCCCUCUCACCCUGCAGCUGUCGGACACGCAGCUGAGCCAGAUCAAGGGCUGGAGAGCCCACAGCAACACUGAGUGAGAGAGAGGGAGUCCAAAGUACCAGAGGUCCACAGUUCAGGUUCUAGCCCAGUUUGCAGCCAUCCCAUUGGAUCCCGAAGGUCAGCUGACCUUCAUGCUGGGCUCUCCUGAUUGGUUUGUCGACGUCACAGAGCUGGUCCGGGAUUGGCUGAGGACUGCGGAGCCGCGCAUAGCGACGCUGAGCCCAGAGGGCAUCCUGAUUGGACGAGAGCCGGGCGUGACGUCGCUGCAGGUAGUCUCGUCUCUGUGGGACACUGUUAUAGGUCAGAGGGAGGUCACCGUGUCCAGUGAUAAAGUGACCCUUGGUGACCUUUCGGUCCAGCUGAUUUCGGGACUAACCCUGUCAAUCAAACCCAGUGCUGGCCUCCACGGUGUCGUCACGGCAACAGCCAGCGCACAGCAACAGCUACACACCUACAGACAGGAGGCAGUCCUCAGUAUCUGGCUCCAGUUCAGCGAUGACACUACCAUCCCUCUGGAGACCUUUGACCCGGGCACCUACUCGCUCCACCUCCACUCGCUGGCAGAGGGCGUGGUCACCUUGGAGACGGUCGCCGUGGAAACGGGCGACGGGGGCAAACGGCUCCCCUUGGUGGUUGCCAGGGGCGACGGGGGUGGGCCUUUGAUCAGGGCGGAGCUCAGCGACACUGGCUGCCACAGGCUGAAGAAACAGCAGCAGCCAAACAGGAAGAAAAGUGGGGUCCUGGCGGGGGGGUCGGGCUGGGUCAGAGUGAACUUUGACCUCCGGAGAAGAGGGGAGGGGGAGGAUUAUUUCGGGGAGAGGAGGAAGGUUUGGGGAGGGGAGAGGAGGCAGGAGGAGGGAGAGGGAGAGGGAGAGGGAGACUCGCUUGGUGACCACAGGAAGGUUUUGAGAGAGGAAGGGGCCUCUGUCGGCGAAGCCUCCAGCGAAGACCAGCCGGGUUUCUUGGAGUGGGAGCCGACGGGAGCGCGGGGCACGGGGGGGCUGUCGGAGCUUGAGAUCGGGCUGUACGUCCUGCUGGCUGUGUUCUGCCUGGCCAUCCUGGCCUUCCUGGUGAACUGCGUGACGUUCGUCGUGAGGUCGCGGAGUAAGGGCGGCGCGGGGGGAGGAGAGGAUUCGGGGAAGAGCCGCCACAACUGGCUGUGGCUCGGCACAGACCCAGAGGAGCUGGGCAGGCAGGCUGAUCUCGCCGCCGAUCUCUCCCAGAGGAAGAGAGUCGGGAGAAACGAGCGGGGCGGGCCGGAGGAACCCUGCCCCACUGCAGAGGCCGAGCUGGGGGUCACUCACCCAAGCGGCACCCGCCUCGUCCUCUCCUGCCCGCUGAACGCCGACGACUACGCUAGCCCCGAAGUUCCAGAGCUGGAUUCCCAGGAGUCUCGGGGCUCCGGCGGGAGGGUGCAGUGCGCCCCCCAGGAGGAUCUUGGUCCGGCAGUUUUGGAGGGAGACGUGGAGUGGUUGUGCCGGGACAUGGGGCUGAGCCGGCGAUCGGAGCAGGAGAGUUACAUGGAGAGAAUCCGACGGGAUUCUGAACGGGACUCGUAACGGAGGUCUGUGUCUUCCGCACACUCGCCGCUUUACGUGACGUUUGCCAUCGUUCUGAUUGCACUAGCUUGAGUGCGAGACUCCUGUCUCUGUCUGUCUGCUCAACUGAACAGAUAGACUGGGGUAAGGCGGUCUGCUGGACACUAGUGUGGAGACAGACAGCAGUCUUUAACCAUUAGAGACCAGGACAGGGGGGUCUAUAUAAUAUGAGACGAUUCAAGCGAACAUUAUAGGAAGUCAUGUUAAAGAAAUUUUAAUGUUUUAUUCUUUUGUAGAAAAACUGAAAUGUGUGUGUUUUGUUUUUUUUGUUUUUAAGUUUUUGUAUUUGGGGAAAAGGCUUCAUGUUGGAGAUCGAGUUUUGUAAAUAUGUGUUGCUUUUUAAAAAAUAAAUAAAGUUUUAAAUU